AUGGUUCAUCCGGCAACAAUAGAAGGUUUCCUGGAUGAUCACCCGGAUUCCUACUGGUUAGUUGCGGAUAUACUAAAUAUUGAAUGGCGAAAAGGAUGUCUAACGACGGCUGGUUGUGCGGAACCACGAUUUCAAGUAACCAAAAUGAAUACUGCCAACGAUGAAGCUAAUUUAAUUAGCUGGCCUGUUACACUCAAAUUAGCUGAGGAAACAUCACAUUCAUUCAUAUCACAUUGGACAUCACGAAGUGUUAGCGACAUUGCCUUGAAAUGUGAAGUGGCUGGCUUAGAUCCCAUCUAUGGCUUCCCAAGGAUAUGCGAUACCACUCCUUUAAAGCAUAUUUUUGAUGAUUAUGAUCAGAAUGGCCAUCUUCAACAUCCAAAGAAGAUUCAAUAUUCGAAUAAUGGAAAACUUGUUGUAGAAGUGAAAGGGAAAUGUUUCAAUGUUUCACUUGCACUACAAAAAUACGAUCGUUGUCCAACCUGUAUCGAACAUCGCAAUAUUGCUGUUGUUGAACAGGUCAUUUCAAAAUAA